AUGGAAGCUGUUAUUAGUCCGAUGCCGUGGAUCUUGAAGUUCGACGGGUCCAACACUCAGACUAGCGCUGGAGCUGGGGUAUUCAUUGAGAGCCCCUGGGGAAAAAAGUGGACCGUUGCCAGGGCAUUGGCACCCGGAUUUACUAAUAAUCAAGCAGAACACGAAGCCUUAUUAGUUGGAUUGAGAAUUCUACAUGAAAAGAGAGCCAAGGCGAUCAGAAUUCAAGGCGACUCACAAUUAAUUUUGAAGCAGAUUGCUGGAGAGUUCCAAUGCAAAGAUGAGAAAAUGAGAAAUCUUCGAAUGGAAGCAGUUAGGAUGCUGCAAAUAUUUGAUAAUGUGGUGGUAGAAUUCAUACCUCGAGCUGAAAACAAAAUAGCUAAUGAUUUUGCUCAAAAAGCUUCUGGGUAUAAGCCAUCUGCCGCAGGAAACUUUAAGUCAGGGCGAGUAUGUCUGUGCCCAGUGGAAGUGGAGGAUUGGGGUAUGGAACUAAGGAAAUAUUUGGAACAACCAACCGGUGAAACUCCAGAAAAGAUGCGGAAAGAGGCUCUGAAGUAUACUCUGAUUGACGGAGAUCUUUUCCGCAGAGCCGCCGAUGGAAUGUUAAUGAGAUGCGUAGAUACUCAAGAAGCCAUGAAGGUGAUGGGUGAAGUGCAUGAAGGAAUUUGUGGAGCACACAAAUCUGGGCUAGUCAUGAGAUGGACGAUCCGACGAUAUGGAUACUUUUGGCCAUCAAUGACAGAAGACUGCAUCAAGUACGCCCAAGGAUGUGAAGCAUGUCAGCGACAUGGUUCUUUGAUCCGAAUUCCGGCAGAAGAAAUGCACGCAGUGGUGAAGCCAUGGCCAUUCCAGGGAUGGGCGAUGGAUAUCAUCGGGAAAAUCCAUCCGCCAUCUUCCAGACGCCACUCGUUUAUAUUGGUGGCCACGGAUUAUUUCACAAACUGGAUAGAAGCUGUGCCGUUGGCCAAUGUGACAUAUCAGGAAGUGAUCAAGUUCGUUAAGGAGUUUAUUAUCCACCGAUAUGGAAUCUCACAAACGAUUACCGCCGAUCAAGGCACUGUUUUUACCAGCGAUAGAGUGGACGCCUUCGCCGCACAAUAUGGGAUUGCUCUUUUCUAUUCGUCCCCGUAUUAUGCACAGGCAAAUGGGCAGGCCGAAGCAUCCAACAAAGUCUUAAUUGGGGUAAUCAAAAAGGCCGUAGAAGAUAACCCGAGAAGAUGA